AUGUCUAUUAUUAAAUCAUCAAAAAAUCAAGAUAAACUGUUACUCGAUGGGUUCAGUUAUCGUCGCUCAAAUAAUUCUCAAUCCAUAUGGCGCUGUUGUAAAAACAAGUGCGCUGGUCGCGUUCGCUUCGAGGGUGGUAAAUAUACCGAAACAACAGCUCAUGUGCAUGCACCUAAUCUGGAAGAAAAUAUUUCAUUGGAAUUUAAAUCGAAUAUUACUGAUCGUGCAACAGCAUCCCAUGAUCCACCUCGACGUAUUAUUCAUCAGGCUUUAUUGAAAAUAAACAAAACGAAUGGUGCAGCUGUACCAAGUUACACAUCAUCUCAACGUACUAUUGAACGAAAACAAAAAAGACAAGAUUUACCUUUACCUACACCUAUUUCAUUUUCUGAUAUUUGUAUUCCUGAUGAGCUUAGAAUAACAAAUAAUGGUGAUAGAUUCUUAUUGUAUGACAAUGGUGAUGCUAAUCAUAGGGUGAUAAUUCUUUCAUCUGAUAAUGAUCUCGAUUGUUUAUCAAAUUCUGAACACUGGCACUGUGAUGGUACUUUCAAGAUACGUUUGAUGAUCAUUAUUCAUAUUGAAAUUUGUCCUAAAAUUUUCAAUCAAUUAUAUACUAUUCAUGGGUGUUUGUUGGGACGAGGACUUCCACUAGUCUACUGUAGCAUUUACGCACAGUCUGAAGCAGUUUAUGGUGAAAUCUUUGAAGUUAUUCUCAAACAUCUGUCUCAACGUCCGAAAUCGAUAACUAUCGAUUUCGAGAAAGCAGUUGAAAAUGUUAUAAAACAACAACUACCGAUGACUACAGUUAAUUACUGUUUUUUUCAUAUGAAGCAAGCUUUGUGGAAACGAAUCACAGGCCUUGAUUUACAACAAUUAUUUCUUGAUGAUGCUGAAGUUCGUGAUAGCUUAAAGAACUUUGCAUGCUUAACUUUAGUUCCUGAAGCAUCUGUCAUUGUUGAGUUUGAACGAGUACAAGCUGUUGCACCUGAAUCGAUCAACGAGUUUAUCGACUAUUUCGAGGAUAAUUACAUUGGACGACUAAUUCAUAAUCAAUUACCACGUACGAUCAAUUCAAGUGAGGGGUGGCACCGUGCCAUCCAACAUUCAGCACGGUCACAUCCAACAAUCUAUGAAUCAAUCAAGGAUUUGCAAGUUGAACAAUUACAAGCCGGACGUGUUAAGCCAAGAAGACGCGCAAAAUACGAACGUUUGGAUAAACAACUACAACAAUUAGUCUCGUCUUUUCAUGUUACAAAAAGAGAACUAUACUCCAAACGAGCAAGAGUUCUGUUUCGCUUCUAA